CGUGAACAACAAGAAACAAAAAUAAAGAUUGAGCCAAAGAUUGAAGACGAAUUGAGAAGCGAUGACGACUUACGUGGAUGAGUUAUUCAUGAACAUCAGUGAGCAACUAAAUCCAUGGGAAAUGAGAACGUUCACUUCUCUGAUUCAAGACUUUAGGUUUAACAGAAUCGGAGAAACCGAACUCGAUACUUCUCUUCAACUUUUGUUCGAGAAACACGAGGAUCUUUAUCAACGCUUCAAACAAGUCACCUCCAAUGAUAAAGAAGACGAUGAAGAUCUUGAAGAAGGUGAGAUUAGAGAUGGUGAUCAUCCCAAGAUUCAAGAUGAGAACCCGACAGAAGAAGAUCCUAUUCAUGGUGAAUCAAGAACUGAAGCCGAUCGUGAGGUUAAAGUUCAAGUAGAUGAGAACUUGGACGGUACAAUCAAGAGACCUCUGAAGAAACGUAUAACGUCUAAGCGUUUAGAACAAGUAACACCUAACAAUAAGCCUCUCCUCGAGGAAGAACAGUGGCCGGUCUCUAACACGGUACUGAAUAACAAGUGUGUUUUGGUGAAGAGAUAUGUCAAGUUUGAAGAUAAGAAACUAACCUUUAUCGAAGAAGAAAUGAAAAAAUGCGAAGAUCAUAUGUACGAGGUAGAUAUGUUGAUGGAAGCUUUGAGAAGUGCAGUGGAUAGUGCGGAGAAAGUUAUGAGGGGAGAGAUGGAACUGGAAGAUCUUGGAGGGAAGUUCUACAGAUGUGUGGAAAUGUUAUAUGGUGGAGAUAUGUUUGAAAUAGUGACAGAAGAUCACCAAAGAGCUUUACCUGUGAUCUUAAAGCGGUUGAAUCAGAAACUGCGAGAUCUCACGGCUGCAAGAGAAAGAUUGAAACCUGUAUGGAAGAAAUUGAUUGAAGAAAACUCUGCAAAGCAAAGAGAUUCCUCUGCACAAGGCAACAGGAAAAAGUGAAGAAAAUCUAAAUCAGGUUUUAGGAUGUAAUUUAUAUACAGGUUGAUUUCGUUUUGGUUUUAUAUUUUUCUGAAACUAUAGACCUUAGAAGGUUUUGUA